AGAUAGAGUGUCUGUAUGACGGAAGGGUGGAGGGUCCCCGCCUUACCCAUACAUGCUCAGACAUUCCUGCACUCUACAACGCAAUCCCCCCACCCGCCGUAUUUAGAGCGGCCGGAACGCACGGGACGGAAAUCAUAUCCGAGAGACAAAUUUAGAACCAUCUUGUUUGUCACUGGAGGAGGACGCGGGGAAGAAAUACUAGCUCGUUACCUGGCCCUCCGACGGACCAACACAAGCGUCACGAUGCCGGCGGAGGAGAUAUCCGAGGAGACGCUGGCCUUCAUAGAAGUGAUCAACAUCGUGGUCCAACAUGUGGCGGAGAUCAGGAGCCUGUUGGACUACUACAGGUACAUCACAGCGGAGAAGCAGAGCAAAUGCGAGCGGCUGGCGAACACGGCGAUGGACUCCCUGAACGAGCUGAGGGACACACUGGCAGAGGCUAAAAAGCAGCGGGAACUGGAACUUGAGAUGAUGCGGGGAAAGCUGGUGACAGAGAUGGUUGACGUGACGUACGAUUUCCACGAUGACGUCAUCCGUAACCCAGCAAGUCGCAGCGAAAUCGAAGAGAUGUUGAAAGGUUACAACAUCGUGGAGUACAACAUCCCGCCGCAAGGGGGCGACCCUGACAUGGACAUUGUGUAUAAGUUGACAGGGUUGCCAGAAGAUGUGGCCCGUGCAAAGUUCGCCCUCCAGGAAAAGUGUGACGCCAUGGCAGCGGAGUCCAGAAAGAAAAAGCAAAGAGGACAGCAAAUUGACAAGUAUUGGACGUCAGUUGACCCCAACAAAUGGAGAAAGACUCGGUUUAUCUACGAGUUUGAAGCUAAAGACAUUGAUGGCAACAUGAUCAGCUUUGAGAAGUACAGGGGGCAACCGCUGCUCAUCGUCAACGUCGCGUCCAGAUGUGGGGGUACGGACCGGAACUACAAACAGCUGAUGGAUCUGUACCGGAAGUACGGAGAAAAGGGACUGAGGAUUCUGGCAUUCCCAUGCAAUCAAUUCCACAAUCAGGAGCCAUACAUUGAGAGGGACAUCAAGGAGUUUGUUACCACCCGCUAUGGAGUAAGCUUUGACAUGUUCAGUAAGAUCCACGUACUCGGACCAGAAACCCAUCCCAUAUACAACUGGCUGGUGAAUACCACACGUGGGACACUUGGAGACAUCAUCAAGUGGAACUUUACAAAGUUCAUUGUUGACAAGAAAGGCAGGGCUGUCAAUAGGUACGGACCCAACGUCGACCCUGAGAAAAUUGACCCUGACAUCCCGAAAUACCUGUAAUGGCUGAUGGAAUGUGAUGGCGUAUUAUAGGCCCCGACAGUCAAAGGACAGGCUUAUAUCAUGGCAAACUAGCAUGAAGACUGUCUGGAAGACUGGAUGCCCUUGGUAAUAAACUGCUGGUGACAUUAUGUGUCUACUACGUGUACAUGUACGUGUGCUUGUAAUUGUCAGCAGUAAUACACUGCCAUGUUAUACAAGUUAUAUACUGCACAAAAAUAAGCCCAAAUGAUGAAUCACCUGGGAUGAAUAAGUGUGAACAUUUUGAACAUUCAACACUAAAGAUUUGUGUUUGUACCUGACAUUUCCGCUACACAGCAGCUCCUGCAAAAUCACAUUUCAUUAUCAAAUUAUUAUAAGUUUGAUAUGACUUACAAACUUAGAAUUAUGGUUAAUUACUGAGAUGAUACAAUGUAACUUACUAUCAUGCAGCUAUUGUAUAGGAUUGUAAACUGAGUUGUGGUAGACCCCUGUACAGAAACACAUAGUGAGUUAUAAUCUUGAGCUAUGAAAACCGAAAAAAAGUGCAAGAAGGUCAAUGAAUACAAGACAUAGUAAUGUUUGAAUAAUCCAAGUCAUUUUUUACAUUAUUUUACCAGCACAUUGUAUGAAUUCUAUUAUUUGCAAUUACAUGGACAGAAGGCAGAAGCAAAGUAGGCCAUGAUCGAUUGCAUAUGGAAGAUACAAAAAAUCUGCACAUUAGUGUGUAUAUUAAGAAGGCAUUACAUUGAAGGCACAUACAACAUGUACAACACAAACAUGUUUGUGUUUGCUAUGAUCAAGGCAGAAGAGUUGAUAUCACAAUCCCAAAGUCAAAACAUCGUAACUUUGCAAACUGUUCUCAAGGCUUUACUUUAAUAAAUUUUGUAAAUCUUUGACUUGCAGUCCCAUGUUGAAAUUUGUUUAACGUUACCUUUGCCUAGAUUCAAAUGUCUAGAAUGGUAUCAUAUUCAGAGGGUACUUUUAAGAGGUUGUCUUGGCCUCUACAAAUUUGACAUGAGCACAACAUCAUAAAUCAUUGAAUCAGAGCAAAAUGUAGUGUUAUUUCAUGAUGAACAAUAAAGUCUAGUGAACACA